AUGGUGAACUGGCACGAGGAAGUGAGUCGGCGCUUCGAGUUUGAUUACUGGAAGAAGAACAUCUUCCGCUCGUCCCCGCCCAGCUUUGGCACGUAUCAUUCUCACUUCAGCCAGAAGGAUGCCGCGAGCAAGGACAGUUACAGCCAGGAUAAUCAGGAACGUCAGAGCCAUCGACAACCCACCACAUCGCAUCGUCGACACGCCACCACCACCAACAUCCCACCUAUCAAUCGCCCUCAGCGACGCCGCAGCACCGAGAUGCCGUCUGGGGGUCGACGGGUCCAUUCCACAUUUGUGCGACGUCCGGAAGAGUUCCAGCCGGAGUACACCUCCCCUCGCGCACCGUCCCCGCCCACGUGGCCCAAGCCGUCCCGGCGGGGUCGCGAGCGUGCGUCGUCACGUCCAGUCAGUCCAGGAACCGUGUUUGGGAACGACACGUCGGAUGCGUCCUCGGAGGACUCGGGUUUGGGGGUUAAAGAUCCACGGGUGAAUCGGUAUAGCUACCACGACAACCUAUCGCCACCGACGUCUCAUGCUAGGCGUCAUUCACACGAAGCAUAUGCCCGCCGGCCUAGACAGGAAUUGUCACCGGAUGCCCAUCGCUGUCAUGGGCCGCGAGAAUCAUACGCCAGUCCCGACUCGGGGCGUCUGUAUGAUUCCGACGGUGCACGUCGAGUGCGGUCUGCCAGAGUAUACCCGGAAGAGUAUCAUGCUCCUCACUCGGGGAGCCCGGGAGUGUUCCGCGAGCAUGUCUUCGCCGAGGCGGCUCGGGCCUCUCCCGGGCCCGACAUGCCGGUUCACCCGCAUGCGCAUCACCGCCACGUCAGCACGAACUAUCCGUACGUGAUGCGUCCGCAUGCAGAUCUCGACACAUGUGUGAUGGAAGAACCCCGCCGUGCCAGCUACAGAGGCACCCCUCACCCGGCUAGCCCUCCCGAGCGCAUGCGGUUCGCUAGCACCGGUAACGCGCGGGGGCCUCGAUGGGCGGUACCUACUGUGACUAAGCGGAUGCCAGUGAUGGCUGACAUGGAGUAUGCGCGGGGGAGACGGACGCCGAUGUAUGAGCGGUGA